AUGCUUUCCUCACCGCGGUUUCGUCGUUUCUUGGCUCUCGUCUUCCUUUCCAUCUUGGCUGGAAACAUCCUUUUACUGUUGAUCCUGCCCUACGAUAACCCGCUUGUGCUCGCGUUACGAUUCAACGUUAGUGGGCUUCGGAACGUGCUCCGGGGAGACGGCAGCAGCAGGGACGCCUGGCUGUACCAGCCGGCGCGAUACCCUGUCGACUUCAAGACAGAUGUAGGCCUCCUCAUCAAGACAGGCUACGGCACCAGGCACCGUCUCGCGGCGCAGCUGGAGGCCUUUGGUCUCGGCGAGGACGACGCCGAUUCAUUCGUCGUAGUCGGCGACUGGACCCCCAAUGAGAACGGUACCCUUGCCGGAGUCCACGUCCACGACGCAGUCGGCGGAGUGAUGGCCAUGCCCGAGAUGCGAAAGCACCACGGUGCACCAAAAUUCCAAGAGUACCUCUCGCUCAAAGACGCGGUCGAAAGGGGUGAUGAUAUAAAGGCGAUGGAGAUUGGUCGGAGCUUCGGGUGGGAUCUGGAUGCGCUCAAGUUCAUCUGGGGUCUCGAAUACGUCUACGACAACCUGCCACGGAAGAAAUGGUACGUCAUUCUCGACGACGACACGUACCUCGUCAAGUCCUCCCUGAUGCUGUUACUCACGCACUGGGACUCGGGCGAGGCGCAGUACAUUGGCAACGCGGUGGGCGACUACAAGGGGCGAUUCGCGCACGGCGGAUCGUCGGUGAUUAUUUCCCACGAGGCGGCGGCACGGUUACUCUCGAGGCGGGAUAUCCUCGCCGCCGCGCAGGAACAGUCUCUCCAGGAGACGUGGGGCGACAAGCUCAUCGCGACGGCGUUCCAAAAGGUCGGGGUCUACUUGGACGAGCGGUACAGCCACUACUUCAACGGCGAGCGGCCAAACAUCUCGAAAAUCAUGGCGGACAGGUUCUGCUCGCCGCUCGUGUCGUUUCAUGGUGUGGCAGAGCCAGCUGAGAUGAGGCAGAUCGGCAGCGCGUUCGCCAGCGUCAAAAGCCCUGUAUUUUGGGGUCAGCUGUGGGAGCUUCUCGGCGCACCGUCGGUGGAGGAAUUCAAGAGCGGCCCCAUCCGACCCAAGUGGGAUUAUGUUGGCAGGAUCGACGAUAGGGCGAACAUUGUUGCGGAGGUGGAUAGUGCCGAGGCGUGUUUGGAGGUGUGUGAGAGCUUGAAAAAGAGAUGUCUUGCGUGGACAUGGGUUGAGGUCAACAAGGAAUGUCGGACCAGUCCAUGGAUGAUUGUUGGCGAAAAGGCUCCGGAACACUUUUCGGGGAUAAACCACGGUGAAGUUGAGAGGUUGCAAGUGAGUUGCUGA